UUCAGUCUGAGAAAAACAGAUUCAGUUCUGAAAUUGGAUAUUUAACGCUUGGAUAGCAGAGUUUAUGCUUUCGAUUUGGUGACAGGGAAACCCAAUUUCCCUGUAUUGGUCUAGCGACGCGAUAUUCCUCUAUUCACUAUAAAAGUGAACGAGUAUAGAAAUUAUUUCAUGGCAAGAGAGAGAGAGAGGGAACUGAAAUUUUCCAUUGAAGUCACAAUUUUUCAUUCAGUCUGCUACACCAAACAGACAAACGCAACCUGAGAGUCGGGGUUCCUUUUCUACAAAGCAAGAUUUGAUGAAACUUCAACAUACCAUUUGUCACUUACCAACUGAAGCAAAAGCAACGAACGUGCAUCAUGUUUAAAAUCAAACUUACUCUUAUUUCUAAGUCCAUUACGCAGUUUAAACCGUCAUGACUUAAGCUAUAAACUAUGGCCUCGUGUUAAAUUUCCUAGCUUCAAAAACAUUUGAUAAAUUAUUUUUGUCUUUGAUUGAUUUACUCGACCGACAGUUAAACUUGUGGAAAUAUUGGACUGCGUUCUUAAUUUCCCACGUGUAAAAUUAUAAAAAAACUUUACCGAAGUUCAAGAAUUAGUCACUUUAAAAGCGUAUAAUAUACUUUUUGGUUAUCCAUUCUGAGUUGAAGAAUUGAGGGCACUUUUCAAUAUUUCAUUACCAUAUUUUCCUUCAAAGUUUAUUUCGAGUGGGAAACUUUUCCUGUUUUCUCCUAUACGUUUGAAGUCAAACUGGAGAAAAAUGCCUUCACAUGGACAUACACACAAUUUCAUGUCCUGGACAAGUCAUCUGAAAUGCAAAAUAUGCAAAACUCUUUACGACGACUAUGUCCAUAGACCCAUGAUUUUACUAGAGUGUGGCCAUACAAUAUGCCACAUGUGUUCCUCAGCUAUGGCCAAAAAGGAGGGCAAAAUUAUUUGCCCGGACGAUAAAACGAACAUGGCUCUGAAUCGAGUGGCGCCAAAUUUAACCCUCCUUCAGAUGUUGAAGAGAAUAUGCACGGUGUGUGAGCGAAUCUUCGGAGAGGAGUUGAAGGAAGAAGAAACGGAAAAGAAGUACUUCUGCAACAAGUGUCUGGACCUCCUCAACAAGCGCAAAGACGAAGUCAAGAGGAAUAUCUGGGCCAAAAUUGCCGUCAUCCAGAAGAAAAACUCAGAGGCUGUCGAAGCUAUUCAAACCUUGGUGCUGAUGCUGGAAAACCUGAAGAAGGAAUACCUGGUGCACGAAAAACAACGGAUAGAGAAGUGUGAGUUCCUACGAAGCAUGUUGGAAAACGAGAAAGAUUUAGAAGAAGACGAGAUCAAAGAGUUCAUGGAAGACGUGGAAAAAAUGAACAAGGAGCGAGAAAAGAGAAAAAUAGACCUGAAAGCCAUUGAGCACAUUAAAAUGCUAAUGGACGAGUUAUUUACUAAAAAAGACACACAAAGUUUCCUGAAUUUCAUUCAGCUACACUCCAAAUCUCUAGAAGCGACGGCCGUAGACAACAACCCGGCGGCACUCAACGGCAACAACGGGACGACAAACGGAACGAUGAGUCAUAAUACUGCCCCCACCCACCCUAAUCAGCAAAACAUGUAUGGUGGGUCAUAUUACAAUCCUCAACAACACGGUGCUCAGUGUAACCCCCACCAACCUCCCCGCCCCCAAGAAAACAACAUGUAUAUGUCAUGUCAACAGCCGAACCAAAUGGGGGCAGCCCCCACCCCUAAUAACCUGACUGCUGCGCAGUUGCAGCAACAGCACGAAGCACAAGUGCGCAAGAUUCUGAGAUCUGGUUGUCCCAGUAGCAAAAACCGAGCGAACGGGGGCAAGCCAACAAUCUGUUCCUGUAAUGGUGUACACCACUAAAUCAAUAGUAAAUAAAUAUUCUUCAAUAGUAAUAUCCAAAAUAAUAUUUUGAGGGCCAAUUUUAUUUCAAAACACUUCGAAAUAAAUAGUGAUUACAAUUUUGCUGGAGAAACCUUAAUUUUUAGCUUUGAAAAAUUUCGAUGUUUUUGAAAUUAAAUUGCACUGAAGUCCAAAACAAAUCUUGGCAGUUUCAGCUGGUUUUAUCUU